UCCUACGGCCAAGGCGGGGGGUACGGGCAGGGUUACCCCGCGCCACCCUCCUCAUCCUAUUUUGGGGGCGUGGAUUGCAGUUCCUACCUGACGCCCAUGCACUCCCACCACCAUCCCCACCAGCUCAGCCCCAUGGGGCCCUCCUCGGUGCCUGGCCACCACCACCACCACCCGCUGAGCCAGAGCUCGGGCCACCACCACCAUCAUCACCAUCACCACCACCACCAGGGUUACGGCAGCACUGGGCUGCCCUUCAACUCCUCCGACUGCCUGGACUACAAGGAGCCUGCUGCUGCCGCUGCCGCCUCCUGGAAGCUCAACUUCAACUCUCCCGACUGCCUCGAUUACAAGGACCAGGCAUCCUGGCGCUUCCAGGUCUUGUGA